UGCGCAGGCGACUUGUGCCAUUCAAAUUUUAAAUUUCGAUCAAAUGAUCGCCCUUUAGGCUUUUUCUAACUUAGUAUUAUUGACGGUUGCUCUUGUUUUAGUGUGAACUUUGAAGAAUUUUUUUUACUCUGUGCUUGUGUUUUGUGUUUUUUUUUUGAAAUAUAAGACAAAUUUCGAAAAUGUUGCGAUUUAUUAUACCCGUUGUUCUCCUAGUCUCCGAAGCUACGUCCUACCAAAUACCAGACGGCCUCUCUGCCGCGUCGCCAUCGCAGAUCAAGUUCGCCAUCGAAAAUAAUUAUGACAACACGGGCCCCGGCGCUAAAGAACCAGACUCCGCUUACCACACCUAUAAACACUUGGACGACGCCUUAGUAGCCUACUUGGACGACCCUGAUACAAAAUUACCUCCUCACGACAAGGCACGAGCCCUGGAAAGACUAUAUGACCUUCAAAGGUUCCGUUAUGGUGUUGACGAGCACGUCAAACCUAUAAAUAUGUACUCUGGAAUGGUCGAGAAACAUAUACCUACAGUUCUAAAUAAGCUAAUAUUUGAUAAUUUUAAGAGACCGUUCGUUUCUGUUGUGGACUUAAAAAAUCUUCACGCGGAUGAUGUAGAUGCAGUGAAAUCUCUGGAUCCUUAUAAAUGGCAAAAGGAACAGGAGCCUAAAAAGUCUCCCUUGACGGUGAACGUUUAUAAUAAGGAAGAGGAACUUAAACAUGGUGCGGACUAUUUCUUAUCUUUUAAACAGCAGCCGUCAGACAACAUGAAGCUCCCGCCCAACGGGUACUAUAUGUACACGGACCGAAACGGAAAGCGUCGCACCGUGCUCUACCACACCGAUAACCGUCCUGGCUUCAAGUCCACUAUUAAGCAGAUCUUCAAGAAGUAAACUACAUCUAUAACAAGCAACAUUUUUGUCCGAGUUCCCUAUGAGUCUCUUACAAGAAUGAAAAUUAAGACUUAGUGAAAUACCGCACGUGCAAUAAUGACGGAUGGUGUGCAUUAUUUUGAACCACUGGAAUACACCAGGGAAUGAGAUCUAAACCUCAUCAAAACUGUUUAGAUCUGUAAAUCCGAUAAAGAGACUAUACGAAAAAUUGGCGCACACGUAAGGAAAGAAUAGUUGUAGGGUAGAGGAUAGGUUUCCUAUAUGACACUUUGAGGACUUUCAGAUUUAAUCAAACUUGUGUUUGCAGCAGCACCACUUUAAACAACAAUAAAAUACAGUACGGCCAAAACCGGCUUACCACAUAAAUCUCAAUAGAACUUAGUCUACAAUGUAAAAAGAAAGUAAGAACAGAUAUUUAUGUAAUUUCCACAAAUGACACCGCAAUAAACAACUGCAACGUAAAAAACAAAUUACAGCACAAAAUCAAAAAUUAUUUCCUGAAAAAAGACGCUAUUUAGUCCGAACACAAAGCAACUUUGUGUGUUGUCAGCUGCAGUAACAAAAGGGUUACUAACUCAGCAAUUGCUGGGAAGCGCAGCGCGUUCUCACCACUGAUUUUCAGUGCCAAUGCCAAUGUUUCUCGGAAUCUCAUAAUAUAAAUAAGUUUUCUCCCUCACGCAAAGAAUGUCUCUAUUUUAUACUUAACCUCUUCAACAUAACGUGGAGGUGUUUAAUUGACACGGCUUUUCCUUUCCUUAAUUGUAGUGCACUGAGGUAUUGACGAUCUGGCAAGAGUGCCACACGAUGUUCUUAUUUCUUGAAGAGCUGCUUCAGUUGUUUCAUGAAAAUAUUCGUUUCUACUACUACACUUAAGGUUAGACGGUUGCUAUUUAACCAUUUAUUUACUAAAGCCAUUCCUGUCAAAAACAUUACUCGAAGUCUGUCCAUGUAACAAAACCGCAACAUCAAUUGCUUAGCGAGUUGUGGAUGCAUUUUGUAAGUUUUAAAAUAGAAUGUCGUUAACAUAAAGCAGAAAUAGCGUUGGCCACUAUAACGUGCCCAGUGGUACACCUAAAUCAAUUAUCCCAAAGUCGCUAAAGCCUACUACACAUUGUCUCCCAGAUAGAAGCAGCUUGACAGAUGUCAUCAGCUAUAAAACCAGCAUAUUUUUUAGAAUUAAUAUGAUUUCCAUGUACACCAGUUUUAUCAACAGAAUAUGAAUUGGCUCGCAGUCAAAAGCCUAAAAUAAGUCCAAGAAAACACCAAUUACAGUCGACUCGCAAUCCAAAUGGACGGUUUGUGAUCAAUUUGACUGGUUUGCUGGAACUCGGCUUCGGUGUUUUCCCAGUUGAGCAGGAAUCUAACAAUCUAACAAAAGUUGACAAGAUUGCCGGGAAUAACCGCGUUUCAGCAUUACCUUUUUGCUUAAUAUUUCCAAAUGCCAUUGCCAUUAUCUUGCAAAUCUUAUACUAUUGAAGAUCAACAAGAAAAUUUCUAUUCUACCACAGUUUCGUCCUAAACAGCCAAUAAUUUCAGCAAAUGCACAGAAUGUUAAGAAUAUAAAUAUUCUUCCGACAGUCAAUAUUUUGAACAAAUGACAUCAUAUUUCAAAUUUCUAAAGAAAUCUCCAGUAGAAAAUUUCUCUUGCUAUCAUCGCAUAUUUUGAGUCCUCAGUAACAAUGACAAAAAUCUUAACUUCGUCUUUAAAGAUCACAUAGUUUAAUUUACAGGGAUUCGUAUAGUUAUUAUAAUUCCUUGUAUGCCAAUUAUUUUAUUAUUUAAGUUUUUUGAACAAUUAUGUAUUUAAAAUGCAUAAAAUUUAAAAAAAAAUAUAUAGUGUAAUUUAGCCAAAAAUAAUAUUAGUAUUUUCUACCUGAUAAUCAUAUCUGUUAUAGUCAUAACCUAACUAUAGCCAAUGCAUUUGUUUAAGCUUGUAUAAGUUAUUUGUACCUGUGUAAUCCACACUUUGAAGUUAUUAGUUAAUAUUACUAUCGUGUCAAACCAUAACAUUGCAAGUCCCAGAGUAGCGUUUUGCAGUUUCAUAUCAACAAAAAUCUUCGCCUAAGGCAAAACAAAUUUGUUUUCUUGCAAAGUCUCUUGUAAUUGCCAGACAGAAUUCUUUGAUUAAUCAGAAGGCUUUGGUUAAUUCCGCAGCGAAAGUUAAUGUCAAUCGCGUUUGAAAAAAUAUAUGGUGAAAUUAAGGAUAUACAUUGAAUAGUAUACGGUGUGAAAACGCGGUUCCUAAAAAUUUUCACGAUAGAAAAAAAUACUAACUUACCUCGAAAUUUUACAAAACCGCUAUAUUCAAUAGGUACUUUGCAUAUACCAAUGAUUUUUAUAAUAUCAACUGAACUAGAUACGAUGUAAAUUUUUCAACCGCUUUGAUUUCGUUUAUACAAAAAUAAAUUUUAAAAUUAUUUUAAAAAAUUUUAAAAAUUUUAAUUCAAACUGAGGUCGUAUCAACUCUUAACGUCUAAUGUACAACGUAGGUUCAAUGUACCUUUGAUUGUAUUUGUUUGAGAUAUUUCUCAAAAUGCUGUUUUUGAUAUUACAGUUGACACAGUUGAGUACCUAAUUAAUUACUUUUACUCAAACUCGUUGACAUCCCAUCAUUUUAGAGCUGUCAAAAUUUCCGCUUAUUUAUAAAAGUUGCUCAGCACUGAAGCUAAGGCUUAAUGUCGUUAUUUAGUUUUAUUUAAUCAACUGCAAUGUCUUCGCCAUAUCCAGGAUACUGCUGAUAUUAUUAUCGAAGUGACGUAUCAACUGAUACCCGCUUAAUUAGGCGCUGUUUAUUAAUACAGGCCUUAGUUUUGCAAGCAACUACAGAUGUAUGUUUGUCUGAAGAGCAAAUACAUUUUUUUACCGUCCAUACAAACCUCUCAGCGCUGCAACAAAUUGUAUGUUCAAAAUUUCGCACCCUUGGUGUAAUAAGGUCACAUCUGCAAAAUUCCGACUUUCCGGAAAGAGGUUUAAAAAUUCUAGGAUUAAAAUCGAUCGGUAACCUUUUUAUGCUCUUAAAAUAGGAGAAUUUUAAAAUACCACAUACACAUAAUUUAUUUCAUAUUGUUAUUAUUAUUUUUAUGACUUACGUGUGACAAAACCACUCAUUAUCAAUAUCAUUAAACAAUGAUCUUUUAUGAUAUCUCAAAAAUAUAUUUUGUCCCGUAGCCGCGUUUUAGGUCGCGGAUGGCAGAUAUAUGUACACUGGGUAGGAUAAAUUUAUGUACAUACAUACAUAUAAACAUACAGUCAAUAGAACAUCAAACUAUAUACAGUUUUAUUCGUAUAAAUCGCCUUUCGUUCUUGCGAAUAUCAGCAUCCGCAUUGUUCGAUGUUCGCAUGAUCGAAAUAAUAUACAAACCUUCCAGAAACAGAAUGUAAGCUGGAAAAGCAACUCAGAUUUUGUUUUUAAUAUAACUUUGAUAAAAUUCCACAACGAAUAAGCUAGACAGAGUGUUUGUUUUCAUGCAGAUUGAUUCUUUUGUUAAUAAAUGUCACAAAAUCAUGGAAAUAAUACUUUAUCACAGUACCAAGGAAAAUAGAAACCUUUUUCGUGUAGUUAGAUUAAGUAAGAAAUCUUUCAGAGGCUAUACAAUUUGUUUCUGGCUCAAGUAUUUCAUUCUUCUUGUAACGUCUUGUAUACUUAAUGUAACAAAUAAAAUUAAUAUAAC